AUGGCUGAUGAGAUUUUCAAAGCAUUCAUCGGUGGACUCCCAUUCGAUUCACUUGAAAGUGAUAUAGAAACUUUGUUAGAACAUUGUGAUUUCACUAAGGAAGAUAUCAAAAAGUUCGAGAUCCAUUUAGUACACGACAGAGAGACUGGAUCUUGCAAAGGAUUCGGCUAUGUCACAUUUCAAAGCGAGCAACAGUUGAAUGACGCCAUCAAAAAACUUAAUGGAGUAGAGUUUGCGAAGCGUGUACUCAAAGUGAACCGUGCACAACAGCGCGAUCGCAGUGAUCGUGGUGGACGCGGAGGUGGACGCGGAAACUUUGGAGAUCGUGGAGGAAGAGGAGGUCGGGGAGGUGGUGGCGGUGGAGGUUUCCGUCGGGGAGGCGGAGGACGUUUCAACGAUGGUGAAGGUCGGGGUGGCUUUGGAGGAGGGGGAAACCGUGGAUAUGGGCGUCAGCGAAAGGAAAGUGAAGAGUUUGGAGGAAGUCAACACGAAGAUGGUCAUAAUCCACGUCAUCGCCGUCCUUCGGAAGAAGGAAGCGCUCCAUCUGCUCCAGCUGCUGAACGCCCCCGUUUCAACUUCAAACCACGUACUACUGAUGCUGCAGAAAUUGAGGCUCGAAAGAAACUUGAAGAAGAAGAAACGAAGCGAAGACAAGAAAAGCUAUUCCAAUAG